CUCGAUUGGCUCGGCUCUGCAACCCGGGGAAAGUUUGAAACUGGCCUGGGUGUGUAUACCGCGCAGUUAAGUUACACAUUUCACAGCUGUUUACGGCUACACAGACGUUUCCUUUGGGCUCCGUCUGUGCUGAAUUUGAUGGAGUCUUGUGAGAAACGUUUGCUUGUUGAUGGAGGCAUGGCUGAGGUGGUGGUGUCGGAUAUAGAUUCGUACGUUCACGUUGAGAUUGAAGUGGAAAACAACAACCGCAUCGCCAGCUCAGACGAGGGACGCAGCGAGGCCCCCGUCACCCAAGCUCUGUUCCAGGAUGCAGAGGAGGACGAAGAUGCGGACAGUGAAAGCAGUGGAGAUGACAGCGGCACAGACCCCUUUGGCACAGAGCGGUCAGGCACACAGCUGCAGAGAUGUGAACACAAAACAGAAUCAAACUCCAGUCUCCCAGACACUUUCCAGACCAGCCACCUACUCUUCUACGAGAGGUUCAAGGCCUACCAAGACUAUGUGCUGGGUGACUGUAAGCCAUCAGAGGUCAAAGCCUUCACAGCAGAUUAUCUUGAGAAGGUGGUAGAGGUGUGUGACUGGCAAGCCUUGUGGUGCACUGAUGUCUUUGAUGUUUUGGUAGAGGUUCAGGAUGUGGACUUUAAGGAGCUGAAGGCUGUGGUGCGCCUGGUGUUGCCCAUGCAGUGUGAGGCUAAAGGCUGUGAGUUGACUGAGGACAACAUGAAGUCUGUGCUGGAGGCCACACAGCACCAUGUCCCUCUGAAGGAGCUCCACGCAGUCUACGAGGAAUCCGGAGAGUUUGACGAGACCGCACUCGCCAUUGAACAUCUCCGAUUUUUCUACGAACACAUUUGGCGGCGAUGGGAUGAAGAGGAUGAAGACGAUGACUUUGACUACUUUGUGCGAUGUGUAGAGCCUCGCCUGAGAUUGUUUUAUGACAUCUUGGAGGACCGAGUGCCUGCAGGUUUGGUCAUGGAGUACCAGACGUUACUGGACAACUGCUCCAAGGUCUUCGAGCAGUUCUCUGUUCUGCGCAGCGGCAUGUGCUGUGAUUCUGACUCUGAACUAGACAACGUGUCCAUGGUGGAGGGCCUCAAACUCUAUGACCUGCUAGAAACAUACAAACGCAAGCUGCACAUCAUUGAAAACCCCUUAUUACGAUAUGUUCUAGGGUAUAAAGGUAAUGCCAGACAGCAGUUUGUACAGAGCCGUGGCCCCAGAGAGUCUGGGUUGAAGGUGGUUCAUGUGGUCGCAUCCUCUUGCACCGCUUCACAGCUCCAGUCUCUCCUCAAUGACAAACUGCUGCCCAUGUAUUCUAAUGAGGACACAGAAAUAAAGUUUUACGGGGACCCAGUUUCAGCAGUGGACUCUUGCCAUGAGGGUGAUGUGGUCAUAGUUUUACCAGGUGUCUUUAAUGUCACCAGCUCAAUCAACCUACCAGAUUCAAUUACAGUAGAAGGCUUUGGACUUCCAGAUGAGGUGGUGAUUGAAAAGAAGGGCAAAGGAGACUCAUUCAUUGAAUCCACCGGAGUAAAUGUUAAAAUAUCCAACAUCAAGUUUAUCCAGCACGAUGCUAUUGAGGGCAUUGUUUGUGUGCGUCAGGGGAACCUCUACCUGGAGAACUGUGUGUUACAGUGUGAGACCACCGGAGUCAUUGUCAGGACAUCAGCCCACCUCACCAUGAACAUCUGUGACCUCUAUGGAUCCAAGGGAGCUGGCAUAGAGGUCUACCCUGGCAGUGUGUGCAGUCUGGUUGGAAAUGGCAUCCACCACUGCAAAGAUGGGAUCCUCAUCAAGGACUUUGCUGAUGAACUUGAUGUGCUGCCAUCAAUCACCAUGGAAAACAAUGUAAUUCAUAACAAUGAGGGCUAUGGAGUGAUACUGGUUAAACCCAGCACUGGGGAGGACCAGACUGUUCCCCUUGAAAAGAUUGAAGAAAACACGAUCAAACCAACAGAGAAACCACCAGGACCAGUUGCCGAACCUGAAAUCAUCACCACCGUUGCAACUCCCCCAACCAAACCCACAUUGGAGGACCAGGUGGGUGAUGGUAGUCUCAGCGCCGACGGUGACCUGCUCUCUGCCUCCGCCCGAAAGUGGCAGCUGUGUCGACAGCUGAGCCGAAGUAAAGAGGCCACGUGUAGCCGGCCCGUCCAGGAUCUACUCAACCAUGAGAUCUUCGUGUCCAUUCAGGGAAACCAGUUCAGACGCAACGGGAUGGGUGACUUUGGCACCUUCAUCUGCUGAACUGUUACCUGGCUCUUUACCGCCCCCUAUGUCUUUAACACAAGUCCAUAUAGGUCGCUACUGCAGUUGUAAAUAUAAUGUAUCCGAAGAGUAUUUUUGCUUUGGACUGAGCCGUCUCACUUAAUUAUAGCCAUAUUUUGAAGCUGCACUCCUGAACAUACUGAGCCCUUAGAAAUUGUGCAGUGAAUGGGCACUUUUGAAGUUGCACAAAUGCUUUUAUCUUAUUUAUUCCUAUGGGCUAACAAUACGUCUGGCGUUUUAAUUUUUUUUAUAUACAUAUAACUUCGGAGAACACUUGUCACUUUGGAAUCAAAUUUUUGCUGUAAUAAAUGUGUUUUUGGAGAGGUAAUGGGCCGUUCAAAUGUGCACCGAGAAUGUCACACUAUGAACAAGUUCACGUUAUAUGGAGUUCUUAAUUUUCUUUUGUUUUUCACAAAGCCACUGGUGUAUUUUUAAUUAAUUCUGAUGCAUUUGUUUUUUUAAAUUCAUCUUUGUUCAGCGGCUUGGAUAAAACUGAUCAACUUGAGAUUUUACUAAAUUAUUUAAUCUUUUAUUUGUAAAAAUGUGAAAGAUUAAAAUACUGUUGAAAUCCUAAUGUCUAUAAUACUUUUCUGAUUAGUGAAAUUCUGCAGGGUAUUAACCAGUUUAGUAAAAAGAUACAUGUACACAAAAGUACACCAAUAAAGGUCCUUGUGUUCCAUACAAUGUUUUUUUUAGUUGACAUUACUUGAUAUUUUCAUUGUACUUAAUAAUGUAUGUCAUAGGAAGUAAUUGCAAUUAUGCUAUGAAUAUCACAUGAAUGCUAAAAGUGUAUCACUCUCCUGGUACUGAUGGUGUGGACAAAACGUUGUAACACUUUCAAGGAGCUGUAAGAUUCUGAUUUAAAUAGCAUAAACUUGACUUGUGUCUCCAGAUAUAAGAUCGACAUGUUAAAAUUAAAAACAGCUUUUACCCAU